AUGACGGAGCGGAAAACGGGUGGCUGGCUAUCGUCAGUAGUUGGUAAUAUAUCGGGCCUUUGGUCACGCUCACCAACAGAGUCCGCUGCUACAUCGGGAGAAAGGAAUGAUUCUCGGAAUUCCUCACGAAACACCUUUUAUGAAGAGCAAGACGAAAGUGACAUCGGGGAAGAGGAUGACGGUAUUAUUGUCGAAACCGUAUGUGCUGGGCCAUCUAUCACUGUACCAACUGCAAGUAAGACUAAAAGCGAAAUUAUACCAAAACGGCACGCUGUUCGUUAUCUGAGUCCGUCGACACUCAUAGCGGCCACACGAUCUGUUACCACCUCUUCCGACAAGGAGCAAUCAACAAGUGUGACUCGGAAACGUGCUGCAACAAGCUGCCUUUUUCAAGAUGAUAUAAUGUGGUCGAAUAUCGGAAAUACGCUCGCCACGUCAUCCAUGAUGGAACCUCUUUCUGAUCGUUUUUCUACAAAAAGAUCAAGAACCCAGCGGGAUUUUAGCGAUGAGAGGCCAUUCCUUUCGUUAUCGUCGUUAUCUGACGCACCAUCGACUGGACGAAGCCAUCUAAACCAAUCAUUUACUUCCUCUUUCACACCACUGAAUUCGUUAGUAAUGAAAUCAAAAGUAUCACGUCCGUCCAGCAGUGUAGCUUCAUCGCUAAGCAGUAAAACAAGAGCUAUUCUUGAGCAGUUAGAAAAAAUUAGCUCACCCGCUAAGGAAGUGAAGCGAUUAUCAUCUUUGAAUUUGGAUAGACCAGAAUGUUGGGCAAAUGACGCCAUCAGCGGUGCAGUCCAAAAGCCACCACGAAAUUCCGCCUGCGCCUUAUCACGUGCUCAAUUGAUAUCCAACAUUCUUGCCAGUAAAUCGAGUUCACCGUUCUGGAGUCGCCCAGCUUAUUCGAUUAAGAUGGCAGAUUUUUCUGCUUCAUUGCAUACUGUUCAGACACCAGAAUAUAGUCGAGCAGAGGCGGAUGGCGAAUGUGAAUUUGAUAAAGUUUCAACUACGAGAUCACCUACUUUAUUUCCGCCUAAGAAAAGUGAUCUUCUGAGUUCUCCAAGGAAGCCUGACCGAGAGAAAGCUUUUGUCGAUGAUAAUGUAGAGAAAUCGACAGUGUCACAGAAAUUACCCAUAUGUACUUCUGCUAUCAAAACUGCAGAUACCGUAUUACCGCAACGUUCUUCGUCUACAAAAUCGACUAAUGUAUUCAGUGCUAGGGAUUUGGGUGUAGUAAGCCCAGUGAAGGAAAUGAUGAAAAAUGAUAAAGAUGAAAUGGGAAGUCCAACCAAAAUUGACAACGCUAUGUUUGCUUUUGCUCCACCAAUGAAACGAGGACCUUCAGCAAGUUUUCAUCACGAAGAAACUUCUCCAAAAGUCUCUCGGUCUGCCUCAUCAUUCACUGAGACAACGUUCAAGGCUGCUACUGAAAAGACUGUAGAUGGUUUUUCAUUUCCAGCUGAAAGUGUUUCAAAACAAAUUGAAGUUUUGAAGAAUUUUGUAGGUCAGCCAAAUACUGCAGAUAAGAGUGAAGAAGCGCAACCGGUGACUGAAGUUUCUACAUCUGUCAAGCCUGCGGAUACCAGCACUGCAACGUCAGAUACAUUAUCUGUGAAGCAGCAAUUACAGAAAUCUGCUGAACAAUGGUCUUGUCCGAAAUGUAUGGUUUUCAAUAAAGCUGAUAUUGAAAAAUGCAUCUGCUGUGAUUAUGAAAAUCAUGUAAUAGAAGCCAAGCCAUGGACAUGUAGUGAAUGUUGGAUUUCUAAUAAAUCAACUGAUGAUAAAUGUAUCGCUUGCGGCAAUCCCAAACAAAGUAAUGGUAAAAGUGGAAAGCUAGCAGAUAUAAAUGCUCAAAGUAGCUCAUUUACCAACGUUUUUGGUGAUCGUACUUUCAAACCGCUACCUUCUUCUGGAGGUAUUUCAUUUGGUUUUUCUGCUGCGAAACCUGUUGCAGACAGAACGAAUCUAUUAUCAACUGCAAGUGCUCCACCAACAACGAAAGCGCAAAAUUCAGAUACUGUUGUUAAUGGAAACGCUAAUACUGAAACCCCGCUGAAAUUUGGUUUAUCAUCUAACACUUUAACACCGUGUUUUAGUUUUGGAAAAGCUCCUGAGAAUAAUUCUUUGCCAACAAUAACUGAGGAACAGACUUUGGUGUUGUCAUCUUCUCGCCCGCCAAAUGCAUCAUUAACUUUUGGUGUUUCCUCUGGUUCCUCUGGAACAACGGCUUCAUUUGUUCCUUCUUUGACUCGCUCAUCAUUUUCUUUUCCGACGUUAACUACGGCAACAUCAACAACCUUAACUCUACCUCUGUCCGGAAGCACCUUCGGUACUCCAGUUUCAGCAAGUAUGAAUCCGUUUACGUUUGGGUCUUCUAAUACUACAACAGCUGGGGAAAUUAAAGUACCAACUGCACCAUUGUUUACCUUUGGUUCUUCUGCUUCAUUUCCUGCUGUUACAACUACUGGAGUAACUACUGCCACUCCGCUGCCAUCAUUUGGUACAACUUUGCCUGCAUUUUCGGCUCCCAAAGCACCUCUUUUUGGAACCAGUGGCGGAUCUGCAUCAAGUCCAGGAGGAGGUCAUGAUGUAGUCGAAAUGAGUUCACCUGUAACCUCACCGGCAGCUCCAUCGACAGCAACUGGAUCGUUUGGGAUGUCUAAACCGACGACUCCUUCUUUAUUUAAUUUUGGUGCUUCGACUGCUUCAAGCUCAACUUCUACUGGAACACUCUUCGGGAAUUUACAAACGGGGGUACAAAAUCCACUCGCUACUCCAAGCACUUCAUUAUUUUCAUUUGGACAGCAACAAAUGCCGGUUGCACCGAAGCCUUUUGAGCCAACCACUUCAGUGACAUCACCUCCGUCAACUUUCAAUUUCGGUGCUGCAGCAUCGAACGGUGCUGCGGGAUUUGUUUUUGGUUCGACUUCGCCGCCAACAAAUUUCACAUUUGGUACACAGCAACCAAUGAAUAAUGUAGCUUCAACGACAUUCAACUUUUCACCUGCAACAGCUACUCCUUCUUUUGGAAAUAUUCCGGGAUCAGCACCAACGCCAAAUUUCUUCUCUGUGGGUUCAACAUCAUCGACAACUGCUCGAAAGAUGUUAAAAGCGCGGCGAAUGCGAAAAUAA